AGAAUCUGAACUCCGUAACGUUGAUUGUAUUCAAAGGAACAGGCAUAGAGUCAGUUACCAUGUAUGGCUGGCUGGUCCUGGAUCCAAACAAAACCGCUAAAAGCAAGUCCAAUCCUUCUCUGCUUGGAGAUCGUCUUAAUCCUUGUCAUCAAUCACAAUGGAGUUUCGACCACGACUGUCGGCGCUCCAAAUGUAAGAACCAUGUCUGUCAUGUGGCACGGAACAAAGACAUACAUCGCACACAAGGAAGACAGCAGACGGAAGAGAGGUAAAUACUGCCAGAGAAUUCAACACUACACUAUGAACACUUGUACUGUCAUAACGACUGAUCAACAACGCUAGGGUGUGUUCAAAACAGAAAUCUACCACCAUGAAGUCCCCCCGUGUAUCAAGCAUGAAGCCCCUUUUACGGAAGCCCCCUUCAUCAAGUCGUCA